CCUACUGUGUGAUCGAUGUCGCCAUUUUAUCACGCAGGAAUCGACUCGAUCGCGGUGGACAUGAAGGAGAGGAAGAUGACGGUGAUCGGGACGGUCGACCCGGUGGACGUCGUGAGCAAACUGCGCAAAUCCUGGCCCACCAGCAUCUUCUCGGUCGGCCCCGCGAAAGAGCCGGAAAAGAAGGACGGGGCGAAGAAAGAAGAGCCCAAGAAGGAGGAGGCCAAGAAAGAAGAAGCCAAGAAGGAAGAGCCCAAGAAGGAGGAGGGUGAGAAAAAGAAGGACCCCAAUGAGCAGAUGAUCAGUGAACUUGUCAAUGCAUACAAGAACUACAACCCUCACAUGACCACCCAGUAUUUUGUUAGGAGUAUAGAGGAGAAUCCCAAUUCUUGUGUGAUCUGCUGAAGCUUCUCCUCUUCUUCUUUUUUUUCCCCUGGAACAGAGGUGACUAGUGUGUGUUGAUGAUCAUGGAAAUGAGUUUAUGUGGGAUGUACAUAACUUUGUCUAUGAGUUUUCUUACAGGAUAUAUGUUGUAAAAUUUUGAAUCUUAUGUUCCGUUGCCAUAUUAAUAUUUUUGAGCAAAAAAAUGUGGGUUGAGACUAGAAA